GCCAACGGGAGUGAUUGGCAGACGAGCAGCCAAUCAGCGGCGGGCGCUCUUCCGGCUCCACGUCGGCAGCAGCGGAGGCAAAAUGGAGGCGCUGGUGCUGGAGCCGUCCCUGUACACCGUCAAGGCCAUCAUCAUCCUCGACAACGACGGCGAGCGGCUCUUCGCCAAGUACUACGAUGACACCUACCCCAGCGUGAAGGAGCAGCGCGCCUUCGAGAAGAACAUCUUCAGCAAAACCCACCGCAGUGACAGUGAGAUCGCGCUCCUGGACGGGCUGACCGUGGUGUACAAGAGCAGCAUCGACCUGUACUGCUGCGUCAUCGGGAGCGCCACCCAGAACGAGCUGAUGCUGACGGCCGUGCUGAACUGCCUGUUCGACUCGCUGAGCCAAAUGCUCAGGAAGAACGUGGAGCGCCGGGCGCUGCUGGACAACAUGGAGGGGCUGUUCCUGGCCGUGGACGAGAUCGUGGACGGAGGGGUGAUCCUGGAGAGUGACCCCCAGCAGGUCGUGCACCGCGUGGCCGUGCGGGGUGAGGACGUGCCCCUGACGGAGCAGACGGUGUCACAGGUGCUGCAGGCAGCGAAGGAGCAGAUCAAGUGGUCACUGCUGCGUUAGGGGGACCCCC